UGAAGUUCUUGGUGUAAAGAAAUGUAUGUUCCGCAACCUAACCUAACUCAAUCCAACCGAAGGAAAAAUGCGAUAUUUUUCAAAUCAAACUAUAAAAAUUAGAGGCUUUCUUCAAAUCUGAAAAGGGCGUUACUGAGUGUCUGGCGUUAAUUCUUUCCAAUAAGUUUUCAGAGUAUUGUGAAAAGUGGGUUACUUGUGCUCAUGACAACUUUUACCCGCUAGGUUUUUGACCCCAAAUCAAUUUGUUUUGUUACUUGAUACUGCAUUUCAUUGUUAAUUGGAAAGAUAGCAUAUCACUUUUUAAGAUAAAGCUUAAUCUUUCUGCACUUAUUGAAAAAAAUUCGAGUUGACUUAAUACAUCAUUUUCAACCAAGCACUAUUCGCAGGUGGUUUUAUUCAAGUUUGAAGAAUGCGUUUGAUUAUUCUUGAUGACGCUGCUGCAGUGGGAGAAUGGGCAGCAAAAUAUGUUAUGAAACGUAUAAAUGACUUUAAACCAGGCCCAAAUAAAUAUUUUGUUUUAGGUUUACCUACAGGUGGCACCCCGUUGGGUAUGUACAAAAAACUGAUCGAGUUUGUGAAAGAUGGAAAGGUUUCUUUCGAGUAUGUUAAAACAUUCAACAUGGAUGAAUAUGUUGAAUUAGAAAGAAAUCACCCAGAAAGUUAUCACUACUACAUGUGGAACAAUUUUUUCAAACAUAUCGACAUCAAGCCAGAGAAUGCUCACAUCUUAGACGGAAAUGCAGAAGAUUUAUCUGUCGAGUGUGAGAAUUAUGAGAAAAAAAUUACUGAAGCGGGAGGCAUAGAACUAUUUAUUGGAGGUAUUGGACCAGAUGGACAUAUUGCUUUUAAUGAACCUGGGUCUUCCCUUGUUUCUCGAACUAGAGUGAAGACUCUAGCUCAAGAUACUCUAGAAGCCAAUGCUAGAUUUUUUAACAAUGAUAUGAGUAAAGUUCCCAAGCAGGCCCUUACUGUAGGUGUUGGUACAGUCAUGGAUGCUAAAGAGGUAUUAAUUUUAGUAACUGGCACUGCAAAAUCUUUUGCUCUAUAUAAGGCAAUAGAGGAAGGUGUUAACCACAUGUGGACUGUUUCUGCCUUCCAACAACAUCGCAAUACAAUAAUGGUAUGUGACGAAGACGCAACCUUAGAAUUGAAGGUUAAAACAGUUAAAUAUUUCAAGGGACUGAGUGCUUUGCAUAAUCAACUUAUAGGGCAAUACAUUGUUUGAAUGACCUACAACAUUCUUUACUGUGAAUUAUUUACACAUUCAUAUUUUAUAAAAAAUUAUGCGAUUAUAUUCUCAAACUAUUUUAUAUUAAAAUUAAAGAGUUUUCUCCAA